UCAACUCAACUCAACCUUGAGCCUUCAUAAUAAAGUCGAUAACUCCUAAAUAAACCUCUCUCUCUCUCUCUCUCUCUCUCUCUCUCUCUUACACAAACCUGAGCAUAGUUUUGAAUCUCACCACCACCGAAUACCGAUUAAGAAGAAUAUUCGUGAAUUUAUACAGAAUAACCGGAGCUAUGGGUUCGUCUUCGACCGAAGCUUUUCCACAAAUGCAGGAAAUUAUGCUGGAGUUCCGUGCUGGUAAAAUGUUGUUUGAGGGGAAAAGGGUUGUCCCUGAUACUCGCAAAGGGCUUGUUCGCAUAGCAAGGGGGGAGGAAGGAUUGGUCCAUUUUCAGUGGAUUGAUCGAACAAAGAAUGCUGUCGAAGAUGAUCAGAUUGUCUUUCCUGAUGAAGCAGUUUUUGAAAAGGUUAAUCAAUCAUCAGGAAGGGUUUACAUAUUGAAGUUCAAUACCGACGACCGAAAGUUCAUGUUUUGGAUGCAGGAGCCUAAUGCUGAUGGUGACUCACAAUUAUGUAGCUUAGCCAACUACCACAUGAACCGACCAUUAGAGUUCGUUGGUGAAGAGGAGCCUGAUGCUUCUGUUCCUCUACAAGUUUCUGAAGAUAUGGUUGAAGAUGACAUCUCAUCAAGAGCUGGAAACUUGGUUGUCCCAAACUUCAGUGCAGAUGUAACCAGUGAAGUAAGCUCAUCAUCUGGACCAGUGAAAUUGGAAGACCUGCAACGAAUCUUGAGUAACAUCGGACCUGCAGAUAUUGCUGGAGAUCCAGAUGGAGGCUUGGGAUUAGGAGAUAUUUUGAAGCCUGAAUUGAUAAUGCCAUUGAUUGAGACAUUGCAAUUGGAAGAGCAUUUAACAUCAUACUUACCUGAGGGUCAAUGGACUCCAGAGGAUAUAUUAGAGUUGCUACAAAGUCCACCAUUCCGUCAACAAGUAGAUUCAUUUACUUAUGUACUUAAAACUGGACAGAUAGAUUUGACUCAGUUUGGAAUUGACCCAAGUAAAUACAACUUCACCGUAUUGUCCUUUCUUGAGGCACUUGAGGAUUCAGUUUCCAAGACAUUAGAUUCCCAGGAGUCAAGGCAAGAUGACAAGGAUUUAAGAUCUCAAUCUUGUAACCGUAAUGAUCACAUGGAUGAGUCGUAGUGGAGGCACUUUCGUGCUUCCUGUUCGUUUCUUUUCUCCAUGUUUAUUUUAGGCAAAUGAGACUCUCCUUUGCUCACCUUGUAUUGUUCACAUAUAUUCAGGAAAAAUGUUUUUUUCCCUUUUUUUUCUCUUUUUUUUUUUGUUUUUGUUUUUGUUUUUUGUUUGUGGGUAAAGGGUUGGUUUUAAUUUGCAUUUAUAACUCCUCUCUACACAGAUCUAUAACCCCCUUUUUUUUUUUAAAUAAAACAAUCAGAUUAUGCGUCUCA